AGGUCAGAGCUAAAAUUAGAGGCUGCUCCCUUCCGCGACAGCAGCCAAACAGCGAUGCGUAAAGGCAUGUAAAACCAGGGGGAUACACUAUCACAAGGGGCUGGCAGUGGAGGCAUGUUUCCAUGGGUGACAUUUAACGCCACACGCUUACUAAAGAGGCUCUGGAUGGAUGUUACACUGAGUGUUUGGUAGCGUGUUUUUUUGGAGACGCCAUAUGUGUCCUCUCUCCAGCGCGCUGCUGCUUCCAUGAGACACUUCUGCAAAAACAUGUCUUUUUUAUCCAUACCGAGUCAAGAGGGCCUUUUUACCACUAUUAAAAACGGCAAAUCAGCCGAGAAUGCAGACAGGUACCGCAUGUACGACGUGGACAACAAUAAUGAUGAUGAUGAUGAAGAAGAGGAGGACAUCGAUAGCGUCCGCCUCAUCCCGAGAUGCUCUCCGGUGCCCAGAAAGCGAGGCCACUCCAUCCACGACGAGACAGCCGAAUAUAUGCGCAUCCAGUCGGCGCUGCCUGCAGGAAAGAGAGUGCUAUUCGCCGACACAACAGGUGGGGAUCUGGUGGAUGUGAAGGAAUUUGUUGCCUUUGAUUCGGAUGAUGAAGAGGAGAGGGCAAGGUGGGAGGAAGAGGAGGCAAAGUAUCGCAAACCAGCGAGAGAGCCCACCUAUCAUGUGCAGCCUGAGUUUAAUGCACCUUGUAGCAAUGCACUGCUGCAGAAGGUGCAAUCUAAUAAAGUGGAGGUCGAGCAGAUGUGUCAAGCAGAGAAUGAGCCACUUGCAUUCACUGGGCUGAUACGAGUCCAGAACAUCUCCUUCCACAAAGCAGUCUACAUCAGAUCCACCAUGGACAGCUGGGUGACUUACUUUGAUCACCCAGCAGAGUAUGUCCAGGGGUCUCAUGAUGGGGCCACAGAUCAGUUCUCCUUCAAGCUGUCUUUUGCACCACCUUACAUCACACAUGGCUCUCGCAUUGAGUUUGUCGUCCGCUAUGAAACCUCUGAUGGUGACUACUGGGCUAAUAACUCCCAUAUGAACUAUGUGGUCACUCUGCUCCUGUCCUACGAAGAUGAUGUGGCGAAGACAAACGACAACGACAUGCAGCAAGUAAGAGGUAUCCUGAGACCUCCAAAAGAUUACAGUAUGGAUGAUUAUGAUGAUUUCGAUUCAGAGGAUGAGCUGGAAAAGUAUCAAGCAGAAGAAGAAGCAGGGACCUCCAGGUCAGGACUUGUCAGACCUACAGCUGUCUGCCCAGACAUCGUACAGCCGGAGAUCGACAUAGAGAUUGCUGUUCACCCAACUGGUCCGUGUGUCCCACCCAACCAAGACCUUCCAUCUGUUGAUGGCACACUGUCCGCUCACACUGUAUCCCCAGGUGAACGAUUCCCUUACAUGUCUUCCGAAACCGCACUUCAAACUAAUUCAUCCUUUGUACACUAUGCCAGCGAAUCGGUCCAGCCAAAUAAGUCACAGCCUUUACCCAGACUUCACUGUGAAUUAACGUCAGAGCAGCCCAUAGACAGUAGUCCCUGUGCACCGCUGCCGGCUUCAACUCCCUCUCUGCAAGAGUCAAGGCCGAGAUCAGACAGUUCCCAGAUUGGCAGAGAGGAAAUCCCUCCCUCUGAGGCCUCAUGCGUGCAUCUUCCUACCACAUAUCCGUGGCCAACAACAGGAGAGGACGGAUCGACCGACAGCCCUGUCGGUCGUCCUUGUCUUGAACUGCCCGCUGAGUGCGUCUCUGCUCCCAGUGUGACUCCGGGCUCUGAGCGAGAGGUCGCAGUGGGAUUGAAUGAACUUGUUGCAGGAUUAUCGGAGGGUUCCACCAGGUCCGCAGCAAAUCAUGAAGGCAGUACGCCUUCGUCUCCUGUGGCAGAGAGCGAGUCAUCUCUGGGAGCAGAAGUUGAAGCUCCACCAUCACCUGAACGCACAGAGAACGCAAGCCAAAAUGUAGCUCUUCAGUCUGCCUCAGCCUGGGAAGAGAAGGAAGAUGCUCCCCAGAUUUGCCCCGACACGUUAUUAGAGAAUCUACCAAACACAGAGGAGCUCCAGGCUGAGCAUGACGCAAACAGGUAUCUGAUGCCAUCCAUCAUCUUUCUGAGUGGAGUUGUCUCCCUCUCGAUAGUGUUGCAGGAACCAAGCGCCCUCUUCUUCAUCGGACUGCUUUUGGUCCUGCGCCGUUUGUGAUUCUGCCACAAAAGUUCAUUCUGAUCUGAAGUGCCUUUUCAUGAUUCCAAAAUAUGCCAACAAGUUAAAAAACAAAACAAAACACACUCUAGUCUCCUGUUGACUUUGUGUAUCACUGUGUGAAUUUUUAGAUUACAUUUUCAUGAAAUGAAAGGGUACAAUUUGUGAGUGUUUCCAUGUAAAAUCCAAUGCAAGGAGAAAGUAAUUACACAAAAUGUUGGUGGUAUUUUCAUCCUGUGAAACAAGUGUUAUAGAAAGUAAUAGAAUAGUAGUCAACUACUGUAAUACCCCAUUUCUACAACAACAUUGUGAUCACUCUAAUACUAAAGCACAUCAUUGAUGUUUUGUACUGUAAGUGGUCUGUAAUUACUUUUUUCUUGUCAUGUGGAGAUGUGGUGUUAUAUUCUGAUUUAUUCAAUCAGUCCUAUGAUGCACUUGGUUUUUCAUUGUCGUUGUGAGCGUAGAUAAGGUUGUCGUCCAACCCCACUGCCAUGAAUUUAACUUGUGUGAAUUCCAUGUGUUGUUAUGUCUUUAAUGAAGGACAAAAAACAGUACCGUAGUGGGACGCUAAAGAGAUUUGUUAUACAAAUGUUGUUUACAAAAUGUAAAAGUGAAACGUUGUUAUGUGAAGUAUUUUUGCCUUAAUGCCUAAAAAACGACCUAUAGUAAGUUUGAAAUGCUGCUUGAGGGACGAAAGUGGAAAACUGUCCAGUGUGACAUAUUUAUUCCUCUCUAUUGCACAUUUCAUUUGAUAAGUCUUCCAGUUGGUUCUUGCUAGUAAACCCACAUUGUUGUUGUUGUUGCACAACACAAAGUUUUGUAGCACUACUCCGACAACCUCACAGACAGACUGAAGCACUGAAUGACGUGUUUGAAGUGAUGAAAGUUUUUGCAGUGUAUUGCCAUUAAACGUGGUCCUAUAUCCUGUA